GUCUAUUGUGAAUCUGCGUUCAACUGGGUACCACUCUUCCAGCCUUGGCACCAAAGUGGCGCACCACGACAUGCACAGCUGAACGAGGAGUGCGCCUUUGAAGAUGUUUGAUUGCCAAGCUACAAUUUCUGACUGAGUGACAAGCCUGUGGUGUAGUCGCCACCAUGAUAGCCACGGGUGGCCUGCUGCGCAUGAACAGGCGCCAGGAUUCGCUCCGAUCCAAAAACCGAGCAGAGAACAAACGGAAGCGGAAAUCCAAGAAAAAGAAGAAGAACGAUGUGGUGGUGGUGAAGGGCAAACUCAAUCUCUGCUCCCCAGCUGGUUUGGUGGCCGCUGUUGGAAUUAUAGUUCUUAUGGUUGGGAUUUCCAUGGCUGUACUGGGCUACUGGCCCAGCCAGAACCAGCAGGAAUACCAGGAGCGCCGCAGAACCGGGGGAUUCCACACCAGCAGGAUGAGCUAUUCCAAAAGUCCUCAGAUUUCCUCCAACCUGACCCGUGGUGAGCCUUCCUCUGGCCAAUCAAAUCUGUUCAACCAGAGUCAUUCUAACACCAGUGUUUCCAGCCCGUCCCGUCACUGUGGCUUUUUCUGUGACUUCCUGGAUAAUUAUUUGUAUUCAGACAACCUGAAAGUCUUCGGACCACUUGUGAUGGGAAUUGGUAUCUUUCUCUUCAUUUGUGCUAACGCCGUCCUCCAUGAAAACCGAGACAAGAAAACUAAAAUCAUAAACCUGAGGGAUAUCUACUCCACAGUGAUAGAUCUGCACAGCAUACGAUCAAAGGAGUACUCACCUCUGAACGGCAUGGUGAAUUACACCCAGUCAAAGAGUGCAGAAGGGCCGUCGGGUUCAUUCCCAACAAGUGGGAUGCUUACUCGCAGUUCCUGGCCCUCCACUGGAAUCACUUUCAAAGGUGAGGUAGAUGGCGAGGAGGUAUUCAGACGCUCUUCAUUGGUCAGCAGGCCUCGUAGCUUGUCCAAAGAUGUGCAGACCUUCACAGAGACUGUCUACAGCAUCUAUAAAGACUACAGCAAUAGCAGUGAGCAGGCACCUCAGCCCCGACAGUGGGAAACCACUUCCAUCGUCACCUCUUCUGUGAACGCUUUUACCCUGCCAGUAAUCAAACUGAACAACUGUGAGGUGGGGGAGAAAGCAGAGGCAGAGGGAUGCUCAAAGGAGGAGGUUGUUAUAGAAGCUGCUGCUGAAAACAUAAGUGAGGAGGGACAGGCCAGCAGCAGCAGCAGCCAGAGAGACGUGAUGUACGGUAAGCAGAAGGAGGCUUCGAUCAUGGACUCUCCUCCUCCUCACCGGAGCCACGAGGACACCGACACAGGUAUCCAACAGGGGGUGCCGCAGGCUCAGCCUCAACCGCAGAGGCCUCAGCUGUUUCCGCCAUCUCCUGUUGCCAGGGCGAUGGGGUCACGGCUGUCGCUCAACUCUCUCACGGAUCAGCCCAGGCCAGCACGCCGCUGCAGCCUGUCUGUGUCUGGAUGUCGUCAAGGUGACAGAGCCAGGCGGUUCAGCUACCCCCGUCUGGAGCACUCCAACAGCAAGGGCUACAUAAAACUAAAUGACCUGGGGGGCGAAUCCUUUGAAGCCCCCGACACAGACACUUCUUUGGUGGCCCCUAAACAGGAAGUAGCAAUGGACGCAGCAGCGGCGGAGGAAAAAGCUCAGGGACAGGACAAUUUGGCGACACCGAGCACCUCUGGAGAAUCCUAGGCCUCUUAAAACUCUUUGAUGUCUUGUUAUUUGCUUCGCACCCUCUUAUGUGAUUGCUAAUGGGUGAAGCUGGCCAUUAGAGAGGAAAGGAAACACGGAGCGUGAGCAACUAAGGACUAUUGAAACAUAGCCAUGAAUACUCAAGAGCAAGACUCUUUAUAAAUACACCAGACCAACAGUUCAAAAUUCAGAUGUAAUUUUUCUAUUUUUUCAAUGUAGCAAGAGCAAUACUAAAGACUUGUAAGGAGAUUUAGAAAUGGUUUGUAAAAAAAAAGAAAAAAAAAAGAAAAGAAAAUUUGAUCAGAUGAGUUUUUUUUUUCUUUUGUAUAAGAGUAAGGCAAACAUUGUAGCUUGUAGAAUUGCCAAAACUUUCACUCUGAACUACUGUCCAACAUGUCGUACUGUAGCAUUAACAUAUGCCACAGAUAUUUAAAUAGUCUAGAUUUGCUUCUCUGCAUUGUUAUGUGAAUACCACGUGAAUAGGUGAACUGAAUCUCAGGUAGAUGUCUGGCUUAGGAUCGGGACCUUGAGGACAAGGUCUUCCCUAUGUGCACACACUUGUUUAUAUGAAGCAUUCAUGGUUUAAUAAAUUUGACUGUAACACCUCCA